GCUCGAAGCGUCUUCAGCAGGUUUGGUAGGAACAGGUUGGUCUGUGAACAUGCCAUCGGAUAACCAAGCGAAGAGAAACAAACCAACAGGUUAAUUCUUAGCCACUGAAGUUCAACAAGGCUCUGGAUUCGGCUAUUGAAGCAUUCAACCAGUCAGUGUGUCAAGUAUAUGUUGCAGGCAAUAGAGCACCAUGUGAAAUCUUCAUAAAAUGGCGACUUAUGUACUGUGGUCAGCAGUUGUCUGGACUCUCAAGGGCCUGUUGUGCACAUGGAGGUUUUUCUGGGUCAGCCCAUAUUGUGCUCUAAAAUCUGCACCAUUAAAACAGCAUGCAGCUGACACUGAGCAUAAAUUACCAUCCCAACUGUCCCCAGUUGUCCAGGAUGUCAAGCAUCUGGCAAAGACAGAUGUAAAUGCAGACUCAGAGAAGAAGGUAAAAUCAGAAACCUGUGUUCAGCCUGAACGCACAAGUGGUCUGUUCAAGAGACUGCUGAAGGCUGAGGGGGAGAUUCAAGAACUGAAGAUAGAGAUCGCCAAUCAGAGAGCAUCAUGGGAGAUGCGGUUUGUGGAGCUGCAAAAGAGACAACACAAUCUAAGAGAACAGCUGACCUCUGAGAUUCUGGUAAGGACUGGAACACUGUACAGAGAUACUGAUUCAGAAGACGCAAAUGAAGUCUUUCUAGAGUCUGGCUUGGAGAAUGGACCUAAUCCUGAGGAGAAGGAGCAGGAAUGUUCUAGUGGACUCAGACACCAGCAAAAGGGAGAUGGUGGCAGUCCAAGCUGCUGCCCAUCCGACUCCAGAGCCACUUCUGUCAUGUCUAACAUCAGUGUGAGGUCUUGGUGGAGUGGAGGGGGACCUCAUCGAGUGUUUGUGCCACACUCCCCCAUGGACCUGAAGAUUGGGCACAGGGUCCGAAUCAUGUUACCCUCUGGACGGAUCAGCACCGGUACCUUACGCUACCUAGGCAACAUUCAAAACUCUCCCGAAUACCAUCUUGGCGUAGAACUGGAGCUGGCUGAUAAUGGACAGCAUGACGGCACCCAUGAAGGACAGCGCUACUUUCACUGUGACCCUGGACGUGGCGCGUUUGUAACAUUCAGUAAAUUGUUAAUGGCUUGGGAGUAGAUGCUCUUAUUGGAACACUGAAGUGAAGACUCUUCAGGCCACUCAAAGGCACUCUUGGAACAGUUUGUUGGAUAGAUCUGAGCGCAGCAAUGAUGAAGUAUUUUUAUAGGCCAACCCAGAAGUUAACAUUCCCUACACCAAAAACACAACAGGCUUUUGGAUUAUUGCAGAAAUUAUGCAAAAAUAGUAAAAAGCUAAGUAAACAUGGUCACAUGACUUCAAUGUCACCAAUAUUACUUAUCAAAAAUAUUAUUUAAUAAAUUUUCCAUGAAAGUUGGAGUUUUAAUAGUAUGCAAUAGCAUGGUUAUAAACAGAAUGAGGCUGUGAAACUGGGUAAUGAGUAGAUGAGUUUACCUGUUCAGUCUGAACACAUUUAAUGUCCCAGACAACCUCUGUAGUCCCAUUUAGUUACUUGUUAGCAACUGCCUUUAUCAGUUCAAGCAAAAGCAACAAACACUCAGGGGUCAUAGAAUGGCCUGUGUUCACCACUUUAGGCAUUUAACUAAAAACCCAUUCAAAAAAAAAAAAAAAAAAAAAAAAUCUUUAGGACGAUGGAACCGGAGGGGCUAAAAUGCUAACAUUUUCCAGGUUUGGCCUACAAAAACACAUCAUGCCUGCAGGACUAUUUGUGUAUAGUAUAACUCUACUAGUAGAACAAUAACUGGCAGACAGGUGACCUUAUAUGUUACCAUAAAGGUGAAAAGGGUGAUUUCUGACACCAAAUGUAAAGGCAAAAACAAUUAAUCUCACCCCAAUAUUGUACCAUUGGAUGAAUAUGGUAUAGCUAUGUUUUGAAAGUGGCAUCAACCAAUGAAUGUAUUAGCUACUUGGUGUCUCUGUCUGUUAAUAAUCUGUCAUUUUUACCAAGAAAUCACACGUGAUCAUGUGAUUUGUCUGAAAACAUGAUUUUUUCAGACAAUAAGUAAGCAUGAAGGUACACCCUAACCCUAACCUCAAAGGGACAUAAACAGAUCGUACAAACAAAUGACAAAUUAGCAAUCAAUUCUGCAUGAAUGUAGAUAUAAAUGUAAAUUUAGUUAGGCCCCGUCCACACAGAGACGAGUUUAGCAGUAUACGCGUAAAUUUUGUAUCAUGUAGGCGUUUUGGGAGUGAAACUGACAUUUUUUGAAAUCGGGUCCCAGACUGGAUAAAUCACAAAACGCCCCCCUUGUGCUUUCGUCUGGACAGCGGAUCCAUAUAUUUUAUGAAACAAUGACAUCAUCAGCCCACGUCUCACCCCUAGUCAGACACCG